AUGUCUUGGACGGGAAUGGAGACCGACUUCCGCUAUGGUGGAGCUGCCAACGAGGACGAUGAGGAGAAGCUCAAGGCGCUAGAGAAAGCGAGAAAGAAGGCCGAAGUGCGCAAGCGUCUCGAAGAUGCCAACCGCUCUAGAAACGCCAAGAGGGGAUUCUUGACUCCUGAGAGAAAGAAGAAGCUCAGGAAACUUCUCAUGAUGAAGGCCGCUGAGGAUCUAAAGCAACAACAAAUGUUGAAAGAACAAGAGAGACAACGCAUCUUGGCUGAGAGAAUCCUCCCGAUGCCCGAUUUUGGAAAUUGCGAUCUUGAAGAGACCUUCGAGGAGUUCGUUGAGCGCGUUCUUCAACUCGAGAGCGAGGUCUAUGAUCUCUCAUACAUAGUCCGUCAAAAGGACUUCGAGAUCAACGAGCUCACCAUUGCUGUAAACGAUCUUCGCGGAAAAUUCGUGAAACCAACCCUGAAGAAGGUCUCGAAGACCGAUUCGAAAUUCGACAAGCUCAAGAAAAAGGAAGCCUCCAAAGUCGAUUUCCGCUCGAAUCUCAAGGUUAUCGACAAAAACCAAUUUGCCCUCGAAGAAGAAGAGAAGCAAAAGAAGGCCGAUUGGGCGAAA